AGCUUCUGCGCCGAGACCCUGUGCGACGUGUCAAAAGCGACCGAGUUCCGUUUGCGAUUCUGGCGGAUCGUCUCUGGAUCGAGGCCUGACUGUUACUUUGCGCGCUUGGUCUCGCAACAGAGCAACUGGCCGAUAUUCCCAGACAUGAGUCGAGCCAUUUUUGACAUCCACCCUGUGGGCCGUUUCGGCGGUUCGGGCACAACAAUUCGACGACCUCGAGAAAUCGCAUGCUUUUCCUAUGAUCAAAAUCGCCAAUUUCACUUGGGAGAUUCAUCAAUCUCGUACUAUUAUCCGCCGGAUCUGCCGGCGGAUUUGAAUAUCGGAUUCGAUACGUUCCAGAAGCUGAAUGAUUCUCCCGAUGAGCAUCUCGAUGCGCUACUAGACACUGUCACUGCCCUCGAGAAAGAGACAGGGAAAAAGUGCGAAGCUGACAUUAUCACUUGGCGAGGCAUGAUGACCAAGGGCACGAUGUACGAUAACCUCCAUCAUAUUCUUACUUAUGUGAUGCUUAUACAUCCUAGUUUCAUCGAAGAGGACAACGAAUACAAAAAUCGGCAAAAAGAGGCCCAAUGUAAACAAAGAAUGCCAACCGGCAUGGCAUCACAGGAGCAAAUGAUGUAUUGGGGUUACAAAUUUGAGGUCCUGUCUGUUCUAAGACAGCCAUGGGACAAAACAACGCGCGCGGAAAUCGAAAAUCGCCAGAAUGAAGUCGUCAACAAUAGCGCCCAAUAUUGCUCCGUCGUCAAGACUGGAAUUGGCAAUACGCGCAUGAUUCUAGGUGGUGAAGUUGACGCCGUGUGGGAUUGCAAGCCAGACCGAAAAGAAGACACGAUUCAUUGGGUCGAGUUGAAGACUUCGGCUGAGAUCCGCAAUGACCGCGAUAUGCUGAAAUACGAGAGAAAGCUGCUGAAGUUCUGGGCGCAGUCUUUCUUGCUCGGUGUGCCGAAGAUUAUCGUGGGCUUCCGUGAUCAACAGGGUAUUGUCCAUCGCCUUGAAGAGCUUGACACUGCUAGUAUUCCUGGCAAAGUCAAGAAGGUUGGAAGGGGCUCUUGGGACGGAAAUAUCUGCAUCAACUUUGCUGCCGCAUUCUUUGAUUGGCUGAAGCAGACCAUCCACGAAGAUGGGACGUGGAGGAUACGGAAGCAGGAAAAGUCACUAGUCAUUGAGGUAUUCAAGGUUGAAGACUCGGGUCAUGGUGAUAUCCUCUCCUCCGCCUUUACAGCCUGGCGAUCGUCAAUGGCCUGA